GUGUAAAUGUUAAAGCACAUUUACAGCACAAAUGCAGUACAAUUGGCAACUAUUUUAUCGAAUAAUAACACAAUUAUAAAAAUUGAAUGACGAUUUUCAUUAAUUACACGCGUUGGGACUUUGUAACUGCUAAUUUGAUAACCUUAUCAGUCGCGCCGAGAUACCGAAAAAUACCCGUGUCUGAUUACCAAAUUUCUAGUUUUGUUUUCGAUUAUGUUAUGAUUAUUAUGAUUGCUGGCUGCUUUCAAUGAGUUUUAUUUUCAAUUUUAUUGCAUCCUUUGUACGCAAAAUGCUGGAGCUACUGCAAAUUGGAGGCAAGUUGACGAACACACUCAGCAUUUACGUGAAAACAAACACGGGUCGCACACUGUCCGUCAACUUGGAGCCGCAGUGGGACAUCAAAAACGUUAAGGAGCUGGUGGCGCCACAACUAGGACUGCACCCCGAUGAAGUGAAGAUCAUAUUUGCUGGGAAGGAGCUAAGCAAUGCAACCACCAUUGAGCAAUGUGAUCUUGGCCAGCAAAGUGUGCUGCACGCAAUUCGCUUGCGUCCCGCUGAGCGGGAGCGGAAGGCCAGCACUUUGCUGGAGGAGGAGUCACCCCCGGAAGAGCCGUCCAAGCCGCUGAACGAAACUCUGCUCGACUUGCAGCUAGAGAGCGAGGAGCGUCUGAAUAUCACCGCAGAGGAGCGAGUGCGUGCCAAGGCGCAUUUCUUUGUACAUUGCGGCCAGUGCCAGAAACUGUGCCGAGGCAAACUCCGGGUGAGAUGUGCCCUCUGCAAGGGUGGCGCUUUCACCGUACAUCGUGAUCCCGAGUGCUGGGACGAUGUGCUCAGAGAGCGACGUAUUCGCGGCCAUUGCGAGAGUCUCGAAAUUGCCUGUGUGGACAACGAGGCGGGAGAUCCGCCCUUCGCUGAGUUCUAUUUCAAGUGCGCCGAGCAUGUCUCGGGUGGCGAAAAAGACUUUGCGGCUCCCUUGAAUCUAAUCAAGAACAAUAUCAAAGAUGUGCCCUGCUUGGCCUGCACAGAUGUCAGCGAAACAGUUUUGGUUUUUCCGUGCGCCUCGCAGCACGUCACCUGCAUCGAUUGCUUCCGCGACUAUUGUCGCUCGCGACUCGGCGAACGCCAGUUUAUGCCGCAUCCGGACUUUGGCUAUACGCUGCCCUGUCCGGCGGGCUGUGAGCAUUCCUUCAUCGAGGAGAUCCAUCACUUUAAGCUGCUGUCACGCGAGGAAUAUGAACGCUAUCAGCGCUUUGCCACCGAGGAGUUUGUGCUGCAGGCGGGUGGCGUGCUCUGCCCGCAGCCGGGCUGUGGCAUGGGCCUGCUCGUCGAGCCCGAUUGCCGCAAGGUGACCUGCCAGGGCGGCUGUGGCUAUGUCUUCUGUCGCAACUGUUUGCAGGGCUAUCACAUUGGCGAAUGUUUGCCCGAGGGCGACACGGCUAGCGCCCAAAAUUCCUGUGAAUACAGCGUGGAUCCCAAUCGCGCUGCGGAGGCUCGCUGGGAAGAGGCCAGCAAUGUGACAAUCAAAGUCAGCACCAAACCUUGCCCCAAAUGUCGCACACCAACGGAACGUGAUGGUGGCUGCAUGCACAUGGUCUGCACACGUGCCGGCUGCGGCUUUGAGUGGUGUUGGGUCUGCCAAACGGAAUGGACGCGGGAUUGCAUGGGCGCCCAUUGGUUUGGCUGAGCAUCACUACGUAAUUGACAUAAGUGAAGAAUCAGAAGCUUUACUCAUAUUUUAUGUUUGUUUAUUUGACUAUUCUGUUAUCGUGUUAAAGACUGUUGAAGACUAUGUAUAAGCUCUAAGCAGACAAUAUUGUAUUGUGGAAGAGAGUCCAACUUGCUUCCAUUGUUGUGGGAAAUGAAUAAAAUGCUAAUUACAAAUCA